UGGGGACGCUUGCGAGGAAGCACUUUGCGAGUAGUGGACCGCGCUCGGUGAACGAAGACGGGCGCCAAGCCAGCCCUUACGGCUCGGCAGGAGCAGCGACAUCCCCCUGGGCCGCGCGCCCCGAGCACCGCUCGAGGCCACCCGGCCGCCCUGCCGCUGCCCAGGAGAACCCCGCGGGGGCAGGAGCGACUCCGCCGACAUGGCGCCCGCGCCGCCCGACAUGGCACUCCGCCGCUCGCCCACUGAAUAGACGCUGCUCGGGGGGGGGGGGCUGCCCGAAAGGGCCAGCCACCAGCAGGCGCUGCCGAACGUCGACCCCAGGCGACGCCAGCAGGGCCGCGCGUACGGGCACAGGUCUCCUCCUCUGCCCGGCAGCCCUGCGGUCCCGGGGGCCCUUGGUGGGGGGGGCGCCCGCCGGGGCUGGCGGCGGUGCCGACCGUUGUCACGAGCUUGCCGGCGCCGGGGCCACGGGGUGACGGACUGUAAAGCCACGUCGCGCUUGCGGGGCGGAGUCCACUGGUCACUGCGCGAUCUCGGUCGGCGUGGGGGCAGCCUAGAGUCAGUCGCAGCUCCCUACACCAGCGGGCUAGGGCUGGCUCGGUCUCCCCACCGUGCCGCCGCGAUGCUGAGGUUCGAACCGUCGGCAACCUUCUAUUGAACAUCCCUGUCAAACGACACCCAGACGGUUUCACUCGGACAAGGAUCCACCGAGCCGAGGUUCCACCUUUCGCGUCAGUGGGGCGUGCCCAACUGGUGCACUGCCGAUGCCGCUGGCAUGCCAGCUGUACCAGAGGCAGGGGUAGCCAUCCUUUCGAAGGCCUUGCUACAAGACGGCGAUGUCCAAUCCAAGCGACGCCACCGCCAACACACAUAAGUCAGUAAUCAGGCCGCCAAGAGGGUCGACCAAUCCUCGUAGAACAGGCUGGCGGGACGCUCCUGCGCGAAGCGGAAGUGGCCUCUCAAGGAGUGAUCCACGGCCCAUGGCACCUGCAAGACACGUGGUGCAGCACGAGUGGGGGGAGGCCAGGAUGAGCAGGAGGCAUGGAGCCGGAGGCGGAGGGAGCAAGGGGGAGGAAGGAGGGCGGCCCGCGUCCCGCGCCACAGGAGCUCCCCGCGCCGAGAAAGCGGCCCGCACGAGGAGAGGCCAUCACCCCCCGCUGUGCGGCGCCCAGUCGAUGCCCGCCAGCUCCCGGAAGCGGGCCUUCAGCUGCAGCAGCACCUCCACCUCUGCCUGCACCGUCGCUCUCGGCGCUCCAGCGGCCUUCAUCGCCCUGACCUCUGCGCCCUUCGCCGCGAUCCGCCGGUCCACCUCCUCCAGCCCUCCCCGUCGUGCGUGCCGCCGGGCGCCCCGGCGUGGCCCGCCCUCGUGGCGCGCACGAGCAGCUGGCCGCUGGGGCUGGGCCGCACCUCCCGACAGCGCCGGCAGCUCGACAGAGGCCGGCAGCGCGCGGGCGAGGCCAAGCAGGCAGUGCGCGUCCAGGGCGGCGUAGCGCAGCUGCUCCUGCGCCCCCAGGCGGCCUCGCGCCCCAGUCGCUGGUCUGCAGGCGCUUGCUGAGGGGCUUGCCGAAGUGCUGGGAGCAGAGGGCCGACAGACCGGUGGUGCUGCCGCCGCGGCCCUGGAGGCUGAAGUAUGCCUCUUGCACGUCGAGCACCUGGUUGAUGCACUUGAAGCAAUCCAUGUGCGGAUACGACGCCGCCAGCCUCUGCAGGUCGUUCUGGAGCCCGAAGCCGAGCUUGGCCACACGGAAGCUCCGGAAGAUGCUCCCCAGCAGCGCAGACAACUUUCCCGCGCUCGGCGACUCCGAGGGGGCCAGCGCAAGGAGGUCAAAGACGACCGCGAAGCCGUCUGCGGCCACCUGCAAGACCGCGCAGGGCUCCAUGCACCCCACCUGGCCGCUGCGGCGGUGCUUUUUCAUGCCCCCUCGCUUCUCCAGCAUCGGGCGCCACUCCGCGUCCAGGCCCACCGCGCAGCCAUCCCUCGUCAGCUGCGCCGCCGUCCCGCACCUCCAUCCGCCCCCGCGCCCUCGCCGCCACAGAGGCCGGCGCUCGUGAACCAGUCCUCUGCCCUCUCCAGCUCCGCGGGGCCCGCGGCCAGCAGCACGCAGCCAGCCACCGCGGGGGGCAGCUGAAGACAGCCGCCGUCGGCUGCCGCCUCCGCGGCCGCGCGCUGAGCGUUCGCGGCCCUCAGCUCGCGCUCCUCGGUGUCCUCCGCCUCCUGCACGCAUCGGGCGCACAGCUCGAAGAACUCGGCAGGCAGCCAGCCCGCUGGCACCGCGCGAGCCGCUUCUGCCCGGGGCUCGCCAGCCCGCGCGACGAGCUGGAACCUGUCCGCGAUCUGGCCCGCCGCACGCCGCCUGCCGCUCCGAACCGCGAAUGCCACGAGGCGCCCCUGCGUGGCGGGGUCCUCGGCGCACAGCGUGAUCGCGUGCUGCACGUACCCAUCGCAGAAAGACGCCAACACAGGCUGCAUCAGGACCUCGUCCUCCAGAAGCGGUGCCAACGAGUGCGUGCGGACGAAGCGCAGAGCUGUGCUCAAUCUCACCGGCUCGCCGCCAGUGUCACGCCCCAAGUACCGCCGCAGUACCAGCUUCGCCAGCCGCACUCGGGCCUCAGCGGUAGAAAAGAUCCCCGCGUCCCCGGCGGCCUCUGCCCAGCGAAGCAUCAGCUCCGUGAGCACAUCUGGCGACAGACCCUCCGCGUUCGCCUCCGCGAAGUCCGCGUGCGCGGCAGCCGGGACGGCGCCAGCGCGCUGAGCUGCCGUGAAGAGCAUCCGCACGAGCCGCAGCUGGACGUUCUCCGCCGCCUCCAGGCCCGGGAGGGCGAACACGAUGCGCACGGCGAGCCCGAACGGGUCCCAACCCUCGUACGCCGAGUCGCUGGUGGCGUCUGGCACCAAGGCGCCCUCGUGGGCUGCGCCUCCGUCGUCAUCCUCGAACUCCUCUCCCAGCUCUGGGCCCACGUCUCGGUCCGCCUCGCCGAUGCUGCUCCACAUCGGUCCGCGGCCCGCGGCGGCCUCGCUGCACGCGGCCGGGCCCCGCGUGGCCGGAGCCUCUGCGAGGUGCCGGUCGAGGUCAGCCUGCAGCCUGGCCUUCUGCUCGCUGGAGCGCACCAGCGAGUACCGCCACAGGAGGUACUGCGCUGCGUGGAGGGCAGCGAGCGCUUGGGGGAGGGCUGCGCUGAAGGCGGGCAUGGGCCACGUGAGCUCCUCCAGGCAGCUCUCGGGCUCGGUCGCGCCGCGGUGCUCCUCCCACGCCUCGCUCAGCGCCUGCAGCAAGGCCGGGGUCAUCUUCAGGAGCACCUGCCGGACCCACCACCGCCGCGCGUCCAUGAUCUGCGCUGCGCGCUUCCGGUUACCGCUGAGGCCGAAACACUCGUACAGCACGAUCUCGAACGACGGGUGCUGCACCAGCACGCCCUCCGCGGCGAGCCGCUGGCGUUCUCGCUGAGCGGUUGCGGCGUCCGCGCACCCCGUGAGGGCCUUCAGCAGGGCAUACUGCGUAUCCGGCGUCGGCUCGUAGCCGUAUGAGAGCAGCGCGCGGUGCACUUCCAGCGCGCUCUCGCUGGGCUCGGGGCUCGAACAGCAGGCCUCCAUCAGGCAGUGCACCAGCUUGAAGCGCGCAGCCGCUGGGCCGCGCACCCCAAGCCUGUCGAUGACCCUCAGCCCGUCCUUGUGGAAGGGCCCCAUCAGGCGCAGGAAGCGCGAGACGAAGCGGAAGUGCGGCGUGAAGCCGCUCUCGUCCAUCCUGAACAAGGCGUCGGCGGCCCCAGCCCCAUCGCCGCAGGCCAGCCGCCCGAAGAUCAUGGCGCUGAACAGGGCUGGGUUGGGCAGCAUAUCCGCACAGCACCGCUGGAAGAGACGCUCCGCCUCCGCCGCGCCGCCGCAACUGAAGAGCGCCUCGAUGGCGGCCGCGUACGUGUCGGCGUCUGGAGCCAGGUGCGGGUCAGGGGGCGCGCCGAGCGCCUGCGACGGCCUCAGCUCCUCCUCGGCCGCAACAGCCCGCGGGCCUGCCCUCGACCCAGGCCCGCGCGCCGGGCGGCCCCGAGGUACUGCAAGGCUCGGCCCGCGGCCGGCCAGAUUGUCGUCCCAGAGCGCGGGCCCGUCUUUGCCUGCGCUCGCCACGCCGUCCUUCGGCCUGUCGGGCCUGGGGUGGCUAACGAGGUAGUCGGCCGCGCCCUCGUCGUCGUGCAAGUCCCCAGGCUCAUAGAAGCAAGCUGCGCCCUGGGCUCCAUCAUCCGAUCUGCCGUCGCACGCCGCGUCCUCCUCCUCCUCCUCCUCCUCCUCCUCCUCCCGCUCCGUCCAGUCUGCUGCGACGCCGCCCGAGUUAGGUUCAUCGUGUGUCCGAGAGCUGGCGCGCCGCUCUCUCUCCAACCUGUGCCACUCUGCCUCCAGUGGCUCGCUGCCCGCAGCGGCGAGGCGCUCCAGGGACUGGAACGCGGCCAGCACCACCCCGGGCCUCUCGGCCCGCCGCCUGCCGAGGGCCCGAAAUGCCUCGUCGAAAUCCUCCCGCACGGCACGCCGGUGGUCGCGCAGGACCUGCAGCACUCGCAGCACGCUGCGCAAGGCAUCGAGCUGGUCUGGAUCCGUCACCUCUGGUACAGCCUCUGCCGAUGCUGCCCGAGGCGCUGGCGGCGCAGAGGCGCUGCUGGCGGCCUCCAGGCUGGCCGCCUGAACUGCCUGCCGCAACUGUACAAAAUGCACGCCCCCGUCCCCGGCCUCCCCGCCGUCCGGCGCGCGGGCCUGGCACAGGCGCGCACACGGGCGCAGCAGCCACUCACUGGCGGCCCGAGCCCUGCGAUCGAGGCCGCACCGCGGCCCAGCAGCGCCGCGGGCCGCCGCCCUGUCGAUCAGCGCCAAGCCGUCCUGGAGCACAACCAAGGCGUCGGCGGGGUCGCCCCGCCGCAGG